UUGAAGUUUUUAAGAGCAGCUCAAACACAUCUAAUGAGCUGACCAUACACUUCAGUAAGCCAGACCGCCAUGACAGACGGGUCAAGAGAACUCUCCAAGCUUAUGAAAUGGCUUCUCCUGCUAUCCUUUUUUCUUCUUAGUGACUCUGCUCAAACAGGAAGCCACAUUGAAACAUCUGAGGCAGACCGCACACUAGAUGCAGACGAGACCCUCAACGACCCCCCAUCUCAAAGCCAGCUAAAUGGCAACCUGGCCAAGAAGCCCUCUCUGCAGCCCAAUCCAUCCCGCCCGCCUAUUGGCAACUACUAUCUGACGAACCCCAAUGGCCAAGUGUGCAUGAAAGCUAAUAUGGGAGUGCAAUACAUGCUCACCAUUGACAAGAAAUUCUACUAUUUCAACAUAGACCCCCGUGGAACACGGCCCACUGGAUACUGUGGGAAUAGGACAGCAGUUCUGUCCUUGGAGUUUGAAGGCGGGAAUGUCGAGUUCAAUUUUGUCAAGGACGGUAAGGAGUACUACACUCGUAGGAUGAGAGCUCAACUAGAGCCAGAGUUGAAGUGUAAGAAAUGCAAAAAUAAGGUCUACAGGUACUCCGGAGUAGUGGAAGAAGAGAAACAGUUCAAGACCACCACAGGACUCAGUUUCAAAUGCAAAUCUGAUCUAGUUGUGAAGAUGUCCUCAGAACUGAGGCUCAAAGUUAUGGCAUCUCAGUUUCAACCCUUCGACUUGGCAAAGGGACAGUUUGGAAAAGACUUUGAAUGCUGGCCGGACUACAUCAAGCGGGUCAUCCCUAUAAUUCUUGGGGCCAUUGCAGUGGGAGUCUUCCUCAUUGCCUUAGUGUCAUACUUGGUUAUACGAGAGUAUCGCAACCGAGAUUAUGAACGUCUGUCAUAAAUUUUGUUUCUUUGUUUUAUUUUGUGUCCAAAUUUGUACUGAAUAAGUAGAAAAAACUUGAAUGUUAAUGAAAGCCUAAUCUUUUAAUAUGCAUAGUCUUCAUUGUUACACUGGAAUGUAUAGGGCGAGCAAAAAAAUAUAUAUUAGAAAUAUUAUAUAUCCUGCAUAUCCAUGAGGCUUAUAACGUAGACUACUGUAUGUUUGACAAUGAAAAUGACCCUUUGUGGACAUCUAACCUGACUUGCAAAACUACAUCCAUCUGGCGAGAACCAAGUUAAUGAACACUUGCUUUCAUAGUCAUUGCUUGAUUGCUGUAAAUAUAAAGGGAUGAGCUUUUAUUACAUGUUCAAUUGAGGUAGACUAAAUAGCCUAUUUGAAGAUACAAUGUGAUCCUGGUGUGUAUAACCCAAUCUGUAUGUUUAGCAUUUAAAAUAUUUUCAUCUGUAAAAACUGUUAUAUCAAUAUUGCUUUGACAAUGCAGCAACACUCCAAGGAGAAGUUUUAUACUGUAUUUUUUGUACAACUGUCAAGCACUACAUUUCCCUGUAACACAUUUUUGUUAUCAUGGAAAUGUUUGAGACAUAUAUUUUUAAACAAUACACCAGAAUGUAGUAAGCAUAUCACACUGUGCUGCAUGCUGAAAUAAAGAUAUUAUAUAGCCUAUAAACAAUCUGUCAAUCAAACAAUCAAUGUUGUGGUGGAGUGGCACAGACUUUCUGUAUAGCACAGUCUUGCAUUGUAUAAAG